UUUUUGUUGCUGAUAAAUACAGAUAACUAAAACAUUUAGACAGAGUGAAAGUUGGAAGGUGUAAUGGAUGAAUCAAGAAAAGAAGAUGUAAUAUCAAGGUUAGUGCAGGAAAUAGCAAAGAAAGGGGAGGAAGUCCCACAAAAAUACAUCAUUAAAAAUGAUGUAAUAUCUUCACCCAUUGAUGCCUCUACGAAUCUAUGGCAAGAAAUGUUGUUGAUCGAUUUCGAUCUUAUUUCCAGUGGUUCUUCAUCUGCUCAUCAACAUGAACUUUCCAAGCUUCAUUCUGCUUUCAAAAAUUGGGGUUGUUUUCAGGUUAUAAACCACGGGAUGACAAGUUUACUUCUGGACGAGUUGCUUGAUGUUUCUAGGCAGUUUUUUGCACUUCCUUUAGAGGAAAAACUAAAUUACUCGGCGAUGGAAGAAGAUGUUUACAGUGGAUAUGGAAACUCGGCCGUGCUUGCUGGAGCUGAAGAUAAGCCUAUCAACUGGAAUUAUAGACUCUUUCGUACAGUUUAUCCCGAGGAUCAACGUAAGAUCCAAUUUUGGCCUCAGAAGCCGCAAAAAUUCAGCUUGCAGGUAAUUAGUAACGGUAUAUUCAAGAGUGUAGUACAAAGGGUGAUGACUAAUUCGGAAAGAGAGAGGUAUUCAGUGACUGCAUUUUAUACUCUAGAACCCGAAAAUGAUGUGGGGCCGAUUAAUGAAUUGAUUAGCGUUAAUCAACCAGAAGUGUAUAAGAAGCUGAGCAUGAAAAUUUACGACCAACUGUUCCUUGAGACCUUUUCUCAGGACAUAAGGGUUCUUGAUGCUCUCAGAAUUAAGCAUUAGCAUCAACUUUAGCAUCAUAUCUUACGAGCUGUUUCAAUAAAUGUAAUAAGUUUCAGCUCCUCGAGUGUAUCCAGUAUUGUGCUUAAAUGGACAUCAGAGACCUGGUAGAUUUCUCGAGGUUUCCAGUGAGCCACAUUAGUUCAUUUUAUUAUCGUUGUAUGGCUGGUGUCGCUAGCCUUUUCAUGUGCUGGUCACUGCACCAGGUUAUGAAAAUUAUGGUUGCACUUUUUAUUUGCAUUUGAAUGAAAACAUACGAAGCAUAGAAGCCCAUGGCAAUGGUCAGCACGACUGCAAGGUUACGGUAAUUCUGUGUUAUGUUUAAGAAUAUUUCAGAAAGAAAACGUAUAAUCAAGUUAACUGAUA